AUGCCUCAUUUCCCGAAGACUGCAGUUGUUGAGCAAUACCACAAAAUUCUCACUAGUGUUCUUUCUGACAUCUUCUUCCUACCACAACUGCCCCCCCAAUCUGGGUUCUCUGGCCAAGGAUCAGCACAAGAUACUGAGAUGGAAGCGGAUGAAUACUCUGACAAAGAUUCAGGACAGCCUUCGACUCCUCCUGCGCAUGCUACUAUGACUAUGCAGACCUUCCCUAUCCAUGGUGGCAUGGAUGACUCUGAGGAGGCAGAUGAUUAUGACUUAACAGCAUCUGAAGUGGGCCAGUUGAUCUCGAAAUUAAAAGAUCGCCGUACACAUACGGAAGCAAAGGAUCUUUCUGGUCUUGUCCAGCUACUGGUUUGA